AAGUUAUUUCCUGCACAUGUCUGAGAUCGGCUGCUGUUUACUGGGGGAAAACCUUUGGACAGAUACAGGGAAGGGAAACUACAUUUCCCAGCAGCCUGCUGGCUGCCCAGGGAAGGACAGAGUUCACUGUCACGUUGACAGAGGAGGAUUAAGGGUGUGUGCUGGGCCACGGGCUGUCCUACCACCAGCAGAGCCAAAGGGCUUCUGGGAAGGGCAAGUAGAGGGGCCGGUGUUGGCCACCUCUUGCAGCCUCUGCACUUCAUUUUGCUGCCUCGACGAGCUCUGAACCUGCCUGGGUUUAUGGGCAUUUAGUUGCAGCUCCCAAGACCAAGACAGGAUGGUGUCUGUGAGUGGGGCACUCAGUCAGCCACCUGAACAGUGGGGAAAUAUGUCUCCUUACCAUGGAAGGAGAAAGUGAAACAAAACCGUGCAGAAGCCAGAGCUCCAGGGGAGAAAGAAAAUGGAAGAGAACCCAAGCAUGGAUCUGUCUGGAGCUGGGCCAGCCCAAGAUGAGGUCAAGAGCACAGCAGAGCAUCCUGUGUACCAAGAGCCCAUCCAAGAAACACCUGAGCCCCAAAUGACAAGCAGGUGGCCUGAGACCUCCUGCAAACCAGAGGAGGACCCUUUGGUAUGUAAAUCACCACCUGCUGAUGGAGUAGAGACCACACUGUCAGAUUUAGCUGACCCCACAGCAAAGGAGAAGAUUCCCCCAGAAACUGAAGUAUCACUGGAAGAAUCUGGGAAGGCAAGAGAUGGUGUCUCAGACAGACCCCAGAAGGAAGAUGACUUGGAUGAAGCCAGGCCAGCCCAGGAUAAAGCAGACAGCCAAGGAGACACCCUUGUCAAGCAGGAAACACGGGGGGACCAGGAGACAAGCAGGCAGUGUGAAAGCUCCGACACAGCAGAGGAAGAUGCUUCCUCAAGAAGCAAAUCACUGAGCUCUGUGACGCAUUCAGAUGUGACUGACACAGAAGAUGUCACCAAGAGCCUCUUGGCAGAGAGGAGCACCAGUGCCCCUCUCCUAGAUACAGAGCCAGAAAAGCAGGUAGAGCAAGAAACACAGGAGAGUGGAUCCCAAGGCACGUUAAGGAGCAGACAUGGGACCAAAGGGCACACAGCCCCAAAGGCAGAAGCUCAGUCCCCCUUGCAGAAUGUCACAGCUCAACACACAGACCAAGAGAAGGCCAAAGAAUCCUUCUUGCUGAAAGGUGAGGAAAAGAAGCUUCCCUUGUGUGUUAACCAUCGACCAGAAGGCACUGAUCGUCCAGGAACAAGGCUUGUCGUCGUGGGUCUUGUCUUGCUCGGUUUCUGCAUAUUCUGCUUCGGCAGCCCGACCUCCAAGGCCCAGCAAGCCCCCAGGAACCCCACGGUGGAGGCAUUCCUGUCCCAGUUCAACCAGCUGCAGGACAGGUUUCCAGGGCAGAGUCCCUUCCUGUGGCUUCGCGGGCGCAAGUUCCUACAGAAGCACCUCAACGCGUCGCAGCCCACACAACCGGCCAUCAUCAUCUUCACGGCCGCCCGCAGCGGUGAGCAGACCUUGCGCUGCCUCAGUGGCCGCGUGGCUGACACCUACUCAGCCGCCCUGCAUGCCAGCACAGUCCAAAUUGAUGGCAUGGAGAAAUCCAGGCUCCAGAGUGACCAGGCCAAGCUGGAGGUGGACUCCGAGUUGAGCUCAGCUUUCGAGGCUGGGGGCCGUGCUGCAGUGAUACACCGCUUCGAGCUGCUGCCGGCAGGGGCCACUCUCAUCUUCUACAAGUACUGUGACCAUGAAAGUGCUGCUUUCAAGGAUGUGGCCCUGCUCCUGACUGUGCUGCUGGAGGAGGAGAUGCUGGAGACACACAUAAGCCUCCAGCAGGUGGAAGAGAGGGUCCAUGACUUCCUCUGGGCCAAGUUCACUAACGCCAGGACCCCCAGCUCCUAUGACCACAUGGACUCUGAUAAGCUGAGUGGGCUGUGGAGCCGCAUCUCCCACCUGGUCCUACCAAUUCACCCGGUGCAGACCAUCGAGAAAGGGGGCUGCCAUGUCCACAUCCAACCCUAGAGACAAAGGCCACGAGAAUCCCAGGAAGGCUUGGAAAGAUGCUCCUGGCUGAGGUACAACCAGUGCUAUUUCUCUUCAGUUUCUUUCUCCUAUCUUCCUGAGAAGGGCGUGGCAGGUACAUCCAGAGGAGUCCUGGAGGCAACUGAUCACAUGCUUCCUUCUGGCAGAUGGGAAGAGUGGAUAUUUUAGACUGCCAAUGGCACAGGAGAACAUGGCUGAGUGGAGAGGCAGGAGGGAGAGCAAGACCUUGCAGGUAGCAUUUGUAUCAGGAAACACACAAAUAAUAUACACAAGUAGUACACCAGAAAGACACUUCAGGAGCUCUUUCUCAGUUUGCUAGUGUCGUGUACAUCCAUCUCGCAAUGCACUUUGCCUAGAAGGUAAAGUACAUCUCUCUUUGCAAAGAGAUGCUGGUACAUAAGAAGGUCAAAUUCCCCAAAACUCAACAUUUCAAAAAGAAAACCAGUUUGCUAGUUGGAGACUUGACCAGUCAGUCCUGAUAGAGUCCUACAUGCACAGACUGAUUGACACCCAACAAUGACCAGAUCCUAAAUACAGGAUUUCAAACAAACCUGCCAUUCAGAAAUGCCCUACACAUCAAUUACAAGAAACUUCAGGUUGUCAGUGCUUAAACACUGCACUAGAGCAGUGGCAAAUGAGGGGAUCCCAUAUGCUAGAGAAUAAGCUCCAAAACCAGAGAGCAAUGAAAUAGAAACCACCUCGCUCUGGGAGUGUGAAGCCUCAAGGGAUUGCACAGGUGAAAGAAUGAGUAAUAUGGUUUAACUUAAUGCUACCUCUUUGAAAAAAAGGAAAGUCUACUCUUGAUCCAUUUGCAACCACAAGUCUACAACCAUCUCUUUGGGAUGAUGUAUCAGCUUUGGUCCUACAUGAGAGAUUGCUCUUUGCCAGGAUUUCUGCCCUGUCCAUAGGGCAGGGAGUUGUCUGCCUGCCUCUCCGAAGCAAACUCCUGUUGAUGAAUGUAGAUGUUAACAUGGAUAUCUAUUUCAAACCAUGCAGGGCAGCACACCAGGUCCUUGCCUUCCAAAGUUACAUUUGCUACCCAGCCAGACAGGUGCUGCUCUGCUAUAUGCUAAAGAAAGCAGCUGGGAAUGACAAUAUCUGGCAUUAACACUAAAAAUCUUUGAUGGAUAUGUUGGCUUCUUAUUGUGCCUCCUCUUCUGCACCCCAGGAAGGGAAAUCCAAGUCCUGGAAACACUGUGGUACCCCUGCACACUGUUUUUGCAGAUGCUCUGGGGCAGAGCAGCCAACUCAGGGACCACCUGGGCAGUAGGUGCAGAUUACAGCCUUUUUUACAGCCCAUGUGUCAGCCUCUUGUGCCUCCAGAGCUGCCUGUGGAGAUGGAGCAGCUGUAGCAGAGCACAGCUUGUUUUAAGCAGCCCAGACUCGGUCCUCACAGAGCCAGGCUCUGUGUCAGAACACGACACAGAUCCAGAACACUAAGUUUUCACUCUAAGUGUAAAACCACUUGUUUUCACAAGCAGUGCACAUGAGUGCUGUUUACAGCAACCAGGCCCUGGUGCUGGCUGGGGCUCCUACCAGUGGUGCCUUGCUGAACGGCCCUACCGUGAGGCUGUUCAGCUGAGGCACAGCCUCACACCCUCAAACCACAGCCUCUCUUCCUUCCUCCUGCCGUGCCUUGACCUGUCUCAGGAGAUUUGUGGCCAAUAACUUGGAGAAGAGGAGAAAAGGAAGGAAGAAGAUGGGGUUAUGUGUUCAGAUUCUAACCAAAAAAAGAGACUUUUUAUUUGGCUGGGGACAUGAAGGCAAGACCACAGCGGUUUUAACCAUGACAGCCAUGAGAAAGGAUUACCUCCUGGAGCCCAGCAUCAGCAGCGCAGCCCAAGAGAGGGGCUGCUUCCUCCCCUCCCUCCUUUUUAUUGCUAUACACUACUUCAGUAACAGAAAACACUGUUUCUGCUCUGCACAGUUCAGUAUGGGCAGUGAUGUAAGAACUGGCAGAGCAUUAAUCACGUUAUAUCACUGUCUCUAGGGAAAGCUGUAUUUUAACAUUAUCUGGCUCUCAGAUUGAUGUACUUGUGUUUGUAAUGCAUAGCCAAGGUAUGCAAAGGCAACUCCAUGCUGCUUGGGCACAUCACUGUAAGCAUCAUUCAUCCCAGCUGUCCUACUACAGAGCUAUUUUUACGACCUUUUGAAGACAAAGUAUCCGCUUGCUUCCGAAACAAGGCUUCUAUUUGAAAAUAAAUAAUGAGAUUGUGAAAGAAACCAGCAAAGUCUUCAAAGUGAGACCAGAGUCUUACUGUGUUCUGUUUUUUUCCUAGCUGUUUUCAGUCCCCGUAGCAAAAGAAAUCAUCUUAUUGGACAAAGUUUACCUUAGGUCGGAGCUGUAGUUGUGCAAACAAAGUGAAG